CCUCCUGUGCCUGCCCGCACCCACCCAACCCAAGUUACCCAACCAACCGCGCUUGUUUGUGUACACUCCACUAGUCCCACCCAGCUAGCGCCCCCUCCUCAUCCAGCUCCGCCCAAGCCAGGCAUCAGCCAGCCAAGAAGCAGAGCAGCGUCCAUGGCGGCGGCGCUGCGGCGGGCCCUGUCCGCGGCGGUGGCGGUGGCGCUGCUGGCGGCGCCGUCGGCGUCGGCGGACUCGUGGCUGUACGAGAAGUUCACCACGGACGGCCACGUGCGCGCCGACUACAACGCGCAGGGGCAGCAGGUGACGUCGCUCAUCCUCGACCGCCAGUCCGGCGGCGCCUUCUACUCCCGCCAGAAGUACCUCUACGGCGUCUUCAGCAUCCAGAUGAAGCUCAUCCACGGCAACUCCGCCGGCACCGUCACCUCCUUCUACCUGACCUCCGGCGACGGCCCCGGGCACGACGAGAUCGACAUGGAGUUCAUGGGCAACUCCACCGGCGAGCCGGUGGUGCUCAACACCAACGUCUGGGCCGCCGGCGACGGCAAGAAGGAGCAGCAGUUCUACCUGUGGUUUGACCCGGCCGCCGACUUCCACACCUACACCAUCAUCUGGAACGACAAGAACGUCAUCUUCAAGGUGGACGACCUCUUCAUCCGCAGCUUCCGCCGUCACGCCGACCUGCCCUACCCCGGCGGGAAGCCCAUGUCGGUGCACGCCACGCUCUGGGACGGCAGCUUCUGGGCCACGCGGCAGGGGGAGGUCAAGGUCGACUGGGCCGCCGCGCCCUUCGUCGUCUCCUACAGGGGGUACUCCGCCGACGCCUGCACGCCCGACGGCGAGGGGAGGCCGCUCCGCUGCCCCACCGGCACCGACCGCUGGAUGAGCCGGCAGCUCGACGCCGCCGAGUGGGGCACCGUCGCCUGGGCCAGGAAGAACUACAUGCACUACAACUACUGCGAGGAUGGGUGGAGGUUCCCGCAGGGGUUCCCCGCCGAGUGCUCCCGCAACUGAUUGAUUGCUUGCUGCUGCUUCUUCUUGGUUGAUUUGAUUGAUUGAAUGAUUGAUCUGGGAUCGUUGAUGCUGAUUCCAAAUUUCCAAUCCUGGGUGUUUGUUCAUUGCAUUUGUUCGUCGCCGACCUUCCUCGGGUCGAUGGACGAUUGUUGCUUGCAUCUCUAUACCUGCGAUUUCUUGCCUCCCCAUGUACAUUUUGCCACCCAUAGUGUUCUUGAUUUUGUGCUCUCGUUUUCUUUUUUAUUCUUUCCGUUAUACUGUUGUUACUGAGACACAGAGGGAUUACAGUACAGUUACACAGAUAAUAAAGGUAAAUUCUCCGAGUAAA